CUCACAAGAUGGCGGAAGCUGUGCGUCCUGUCAAGAAGAAAAGAAAGGCAAAAAAAACACACGCAGAAAGCACAAGAAACGUUGGAUUUGUUGGAGAAGAUACAGCUGAAAACAAAAGAGAUGCAGUCGUAACAGAACAUGAUGCUGAUCCAACUAAGGCUGAUGAGAAUAACAGCGCUGAACACCCAGAUCAUGAAGCGUCAAUAUCUACUGCACCAGAACAAGAAGCAAAUGUUAUAGGUUCAGAAGAAGGGCAGCCUAGAAUUGAUCCAACUUCUUGCGAGUCUCCAGCCUCUGAGAUUAUUGUUGAGGAGGAUCAUAAAGAGAUUAAUGCUGGUAAUGAAAUCCUAGAAGAAGUAACCAUUAGUAGUGAAAUAUACAACCCAGAGGCAAAUAUUGAUGAGAUACAUACGGAAAUUGUAGUAGAUAAUGAUGAAUCUAGCAAUGAAAACCUCACUGAGGAACAUGUUGGAAUUGUUCAGGAUGAUGGGAUUAUUAGAGAAGGUGACGUACAUAAUGUGUUGAAUGUGGAUAGUGAAAAUCAGACAGAUAAAAGGCUAAUGGACGAUGUAAGACAUGAAGAGUCAAAUGGUGAUAGUGGGGUGGCUCAGGGGGUAUCUGAAGAAAAUGACAUUCCUAAUAGUGAAGGACAAGAGGGGUCACUUGGGGAGGUUACAUUUACUAAUGACUUGGGGAGUGAUACAAGUGAAAAAAUGAAAGAAAUAGGAGAACAAUUAGAUAAUUUAGUUCAAGAAAAGAGUGGGUUGAGUGUGGUGUUACCUCAAGAAGAUUUAGCAUCAUCAUCGAUGCCGGAGGAGAAUAUGACAGACCCUGGUCUGUCUGAGGUACCUUCUUCUGUAACAGAACAAAUCCCUCCAGUGGAAAAAUUUGUUCAAGAUGAAAAUGUAUAUGAAAAUAUUCAUAAUAUUUUUGGCAAGCAACAAGUGUCAACAGCUAGAAGAGAGGCCAUAACAGCAUUCACGGAAGAUGAUUUAAAGUCAUUUUAUUACAAUCCAAGUCUUUUGUAUCUUGAGGAAUGUGUAGAGAGUUUUAUACAGGAAACUCUGGAACCCAGACGAGAAAGUGAAUUUUUCGAGUUAUUAAAUACAUAUCAAAACACGUCCAAAAAUUUACGCAGCAUUAAAAAAGAUAUUGAGUUGUUACGGUUGAAAUGUGUUGAUCAGAAGAAGAGCAUUUGGUCGACUGAAACGAAAACGGCAACGGUGCAGGGUAUUUGUCAAGAUUUUCAGAAGGUAUCUUAUACUCAUUCCUACGAGGUUGCCGUGUUUAACUCGGAACAAGCUAAGGAAAUGAGCCGAACUCUGGACACAUUGAAAAGUACCGUUCAUGAGACAUUCACCCUGGCUGAAUACUCCGGUGAACUAGCGCGAGUACACAUCAUGUCGUACAUCUACGAACUUCAUGCAAAGUCUCCCGUGUUCUGUGGUGUGACUCAAGAUUCCCCGGUCGCUGGAGUUGAUCCAUCUCAAGUAUCUCACGCCGUGCUUGGAGAAAUACAACAUCUUCGUGACUGUAUUAGCGCUCUGUUUCACUUCAUGAGGAAACCAACCGACGACGAGGAUUUCAUUAAAGAUAUCAACUUGUGGCUUGAAAAUUUGGUUGGUUUACUACUGCGAGUAGCGACUCUUCCAGAUCACGUGUUUAUUCUAAAUCACGUGCUCCGAUGUCCUCCGGGCGUGACUCGAAAGUUAGCGCACUUCGUUCAACCGCUUCUUCUUCAUACCUGGACACCAGUUGCGAGCUACGAUGAGUAUUUCUGGCAAAAUCCGCUCUUGCAUCAUUUUGUCACGAUGUUAGCGAACUUACUCCUGCCAAUAAAGUUACGAGAGAAAUACCUGCUACUGAUGAAGUCUGUUCUUUCCCCGGAUGGUUCAGAAAGUCCGACGAUCGUUUCUUGGGUGAUGGUCGAUGAAGAUGGAGAAGAGGAUUUGAACCUUGAAGAAUCGUGGAUGUUGAUUCCAGAAAAUGAUUUUGUCGCUUUGUUUUCCCAAUUCGCAUUCGAUGCGUUGUUUGAGAUCAUCAUUGGAGGAGACACUCGCGAUGGUACUCAUACCCCCGAUUGGGGUUCUCAUGAUGUGGGACACCAGAAGGGGACGAAAGUUAUCCGAGUGUUCGCCUUUUCCACGUGUCUCAUUCAAAUGUUAGGCAAAGCUUUCACACUUUACAGUAUGCGACGUUAUCGAGAGUUUGUUAAGAGAUUGGGUCGAGCGAUUAGUUCGAUAGUGAUGCGCGUGUCACGUUACUGGUCCUCAUACAAAACUGACUAUGUGAACAAAUAUGGCGACAAUGAAAUAACGUUUCAUCUGGCGUUUGGUUCAGAUUACUCGUUGGAAAAGCUACAGAUGGAAUACGACCAGUUCUUCAUCAGAGCUUCACAGCAGAUUCUUUCCGCUAACAAGCUUGGCGUGUGGCAGUUUCUUAUCGAUAUGCCAUUCUAUAGUCUAUCAUCAAGGAUGACCUGGAUUUGUUAUCGAUUUCUUCACAGAGGGACAUCAGAUAAAGCAGGCUUUAGCUCUCUUUCUGAAUACAUAGCAUCUUCACACACCGAUCAAAACGAAGCGGCAAGUUUAUUGGAAAGUUUUAAAGCGAUGACUGAACCAGAAAUUGUCUUUUUGUUGACCACAUUUGCAAACAUGGCAAGGGAACGGUCUACCGUGGAUAUUGAUUUCAUCAAUGCUGUUGUACGUGAAAUAUACGAGGUAAGCUAUCUCAAUAGCGGAGCGCCAGACUUUCUUCCUAAAACAGGAAAGGAUCUCCUUGGCUCAAUCUGCCAACGACAUGCGUUUGUGAUGUCUCUGUUGUUGGAAAGAGUUGAGGCAACCUUGGACAGUGUGAGAGAGGAAUGCGUAGGAUUAUUUCAGGCUCUGCCAGUAGAAACAUGGAGACCUAAAGUGCGUGAUGUUUACACCAUUAGAAACUGGCUGCUUCAUUCAGCAGUUGAGUCUUCUGAACAUCAACUAUCCCGCUAUUUACUUACGAAUAUUAACUGGCAAUAUCAGGCAUUAGACAGCGAUACCCUCUACCUACCUCAGUGCAUCCAUAGAGCCAUAGCAAUACUACUUGUUGAGACAUGCGCAUUACGGUUAUCAAAUAGACCCGGUGGCAUUGAAGUGGAUGUUUUUAAAGAAACUCCUGGUAUUCUUGAGCAGGUAACGCAAGUGGCUACGCAUCCCUACCAACGUAUCUUGCAGCAUUUCACCGACCAAGAACUUUACAAGUGGUUAUGGGAGGUCGUGAUGUUUUUACAUCUUCACCAAGUCGAGUGUCCUCCGACGGUCAUGGAGUUUACCAACACUGCAAGUACAUCCAACGCUGAACAGUCAGUUACAUCCAGUUACGACAAAAGCGAGUUCUUUAAGAACUUAUCUAAACCUGAACCGCUCGAUUUGGAUACAGACGAGGCUCUGGUGAACGUCCUAACCUCAGCAAACAAAGAUGGACCUUUAGCUUGUUUUGUGGCAUUACAACUGUCAACAUAUGGUCAUGAUCCUCAUAAGAUUAGCGACGUUGGUCUAACCUAUAUGUCAGUCAUCCUGGACGAAGGUCACGUGUUCCCCACGUGUAGAAUCAUAGAAAAUACUGUUCCUACUUUCUUCACAAAAGAGCUGCUAGCAUUCUCGGAAAACAGCAGAUUUACCAGGAUCAUCGAUAGUGUAAUUCAUUCUGGAGUACAAUGGAGAGAACAAGACGUAGUUGACAUAUUGUCUGGAAUUAUUCAGAAACACGUUAAAAGAUCAAGCGUUGUUCCCGAUGCUGACCGUACUCUCAUUGCGACUGAGUUUUGGUUAAGAGCAUUGUGUUGUUUACCAAACUGGAAUACAGAUGCGAACGUUUUACAACUGUUAAACAAUCUACUAAAAUGUGUGUUCAGAAAUUCUGACGCUCAUAUGUUAGUCUUGGAUUACUUUAUCAAAAAACAUCAGGACACGUUGAAGAGCCUGAAAGAUCAUGGUUUCCUGUCGUCACUAUUUUCAUUCGUUAUUUCAUAUCCAUCAUCUGCAAAUUUGGUCGAUAUUAAAACAAACUCUCAAUUCGUGUAUUUCUGUUAUUUCAUUCUUUCUGCUGAGUCUGCGUAUCAAGAGCAAUGCGGUCUUAAGUCUAGUCUUGCUAACAAACUUCAUGAUAAGCCAGAGAUGUGUAUCGAAACUGCCGUAAAGAAAGCCUCAUCAUCGUUGAAAGAUGUUAUUCCUAUCCCAGCUUGCAACUUGGACAUAUACCGCUGGGCAGAUCUGGCAUUAUCAACGGAUCAUGAAGAACCAAUACUGGCCGUCAUCUGGCAAAAUUUCUUCUUACAAUUUUUGCGUCGCGUUCCUGCUGGUCCUGGCCUUCCUGAGCGUGGCAGUGUUGGAAUACGGUUCUUUGAAAGUACAGCAAACACAACGUAUCUGAAGAAAUUGAAGGCAAGAUUGAUGGGUACCGCAGAGUAUCACAAAGAACGGAGUAUUUUAAGCGAUGAAACUGAUGAAGGAGGUGAACAAAAUGGGUACAAAACAAGUGUUGAGGUUCACCAAAAGUUAGCAAGAUUAUUUCAAACUCUAGCUCUAUGGCUUGAUGAAUCACGUCUACACGAUCCAACGUUGUUUAUACAAGGAUUGCCACCAGCUUAUGAUCCUGAUCGCUUGACGAAGAUAUUAAAACGAUUUGAGAAUUUGUGGCUGGACUGUAUCGAUCUUGGAUUGAUCGACUGGCAGUUGGUUGGUUCGCUUCAAUACUGGAUCAGAUUUAAUAAGGAACGACAGAAGAAGAUUGUCGCAAUUCAAAAACGAAACUUGAUUAAAAAACCAGCACGACUACCUCAUAAAUCAUCAAGUUCAGAAGACAUCAUGGAACCUCCAUUAUUCAGAGUCCUGUCAACUCCAAUACCGGAGUGUCCGGUCUCCGUGCUCAUGGAUAGAUCUAAAAUCAUGGACAUCUUAGGUAGAAACCUCGCUGUUCUCUCCGAUUACGCAAGAAAAUUCAUGAUGAAACUGUCAACAAACUCAGCUCUUGAUUUUGAAUACAUGGACAUGUUACGUCAUAUAUUUGAGAACGUGGAGACGGAGCUUCGAAUAGCCAUGCCAUGUCAUAAGAAGAGUACCUCAAGGAAAGGCUGCAAAGGUGCUGCCAGUCUUAUUGUGAAGUAUCGAGAAAAGAAAUCGUGCGAUCCAGUUCGUGAACGUGCCAGUUUAAAUCGUGAGGAGUUCAAGAUUCUGAUGCGUGAGAUGUUGCAUGAGAUGCCAGCUGAGAUCUGUCUUAACGCGCUGAGCGUCGAGAAAACACUGACGUUGCUUCUUAAACAAUGGAAAAGUUGUCAAAACCCGUUGAUUCUUAAAACGUUUGAAGAAAUUGGUUGCAGGACGUUUUACAUGUUCAUUGAUAUGGUUUCUGAUCCCGUGCGCCAGUUUCCUCCAACGAUGCAGUUCUUCUCAACCUGUGUUGAACUGAUUGGCAGGACAUUCAUCAUGGAGAAUAAGACACAAACCGAGGCAUUGUUAAGAACCAUCUUGGCACGACCGAAAAUCGUUGGUUUAUUGCUGCCGAUAUUUCAACCCGGCACAUGUGAGGAUAGUUUCACGGAGAUGUACGAAAAUGUUAUUCAGACCAGUUUGGAUAUCGAAGUCAAGUUUUCUCUACUUUCAAAGUUUGAUUUCCGAAGUUGGCUCGCAUCAAAACCGAUACUUUCCGAGCGUAUGGCGAUGAUGAAAGUGCUCUUUGCUGCUCUCUGUGAUUGCGGAUUUGAGCCUCCAGCCAAGACAACUAUGCUGUCAGAGAUUUACCUGAGGAAAGUGAGCGUGCUUUUGAUACAUCAAUUUCCUGAUUUAUUUGGGGAGACUUUGAGUUUGUUGAUUCAUGGUUCUGCUGAUCACGCUGUGUGUUUGAACGCGUGGAAUGAAUUCUUAAUCACCACCAAAGUCUUAGUAAAGGACAUGGCCAAGCGAGAGCUGACACUGAAUACCACUCCACCGUUUUUACUUCAAAAUGAACAGGUCAACGAAACAAUGAUAUGGCUCAUGGAAUAUUUCCAUGAUCAGCGGUUAUCAUGUGCCGCUGGUUCCAAUGAAGGCAUACUCACAUUAUGGAAACCGUAUCUGCCAUCAUUGAUUGCCUUGUGUGAAUAUAUAUCCCGUCAUACAAUUGCUGCUCACGAACACCAGCUUGCUGAAAAUAACAUCGAAGUUCUUAAGUUUCUGUGGAACAGGAUUUCUGAUUUCUUUUCACCCUGGAUCUCGCCAUGUGAAGUUAACAGCGAGUUAGUUCUUCCUUGGAGCGAGAUGGAGGAAUCAGAAGCUCUUGAGUUUGUGGGACUCUACAUCAGAGUUCUAGUAUAUUUUCAGAAUUUUCUUCCUGCCCCAUUAAAUGGAAAACCGAACAUACUUUCCCUGGUAUUUGACCUCUACAGCUCAAUGACAACGAAACAUUCUUUGCCGGGUCAUUUCCUGCGAGUGUACCACGCCAGCUUCACGUGCUUGUCAUGGAAUGUGUUUUCCCCAAACGUGUCCCACUUGGAGUCGAUGCUACAGAUUUCCUCCAUCAGUGGUAGCUGUCGGGGUUUUCUAAUCGAAAUCUUUCCCAGUAUAUCCUGGUUAGAAGUUUUGGAAAGGUUUAGAAGUGUCGAAGGAACUACAACGCUCAGAGAAUGUCAGGAUCGUCUUUUUAACCUAAUCAUUGUCCUUGGUAACGAGAAAUCCAUCAUUCAGAAUGAGGAAUGUAAAAUGUUAUCUCUUCUUGAAAAUGCCGUGAAUUUCGUGUGGGACCUGAUGAGUGGAAGCACGUUCCGUGCGGUUUGUGAUUGGUUGGUAUCGAACUGUGAUUUCGUUCAAAUAUUAAAACCUUCUUCGUUGUUAUGGAAGAGCAUCCGAUUGCUUGAAGCUGCUUGUUUGCUAACUUCAUCGUCGAAAAGCGAGCGCUCUUAUUCAGACAUCCCAGAGAAACGGCUUCAUUAUUUCAAUAGUAUGGUGAAGUUACUAUGCAAAUGUUCAGCCAAUCCAGAGCACGCGGCUGGAUUGUAUCGCCCUGUCAUUGAGCAGCUGAUGGACAGUGUGCUGCUGGCUUCCACCUCAGAUGCCACAAACAGCCAGAGUGUUAUGUACCUUUACGUGGAAAUUCUUAAUCUCCUCAACAGCCUAUCACCAAAAGAAAAGAUCCUUGUUCUUGCUUUGGAAACUAUUCAGGAGAAGAUUCAUGAUCUUACUCAGACCAAUGUUAUCUUAGCAAUGAUCAUGGCUGCCUGUCGUUCUUUAGCCAGUAUUAGUCUCAUGGUGCAGGUCGUUGAAGCAGCGGUAGAAACACAUUUCAAUAACACCAAGCUACCGCCAAGUAAUGACGCUAAUGUCUCGCAGGAUAGUUUGGUAGAACCAUGGUCUGAUGUUCUCGCCUCAGUCACCGUACCUGAGCUCUCACAACGAGACUUUGUUCAAGAAUGUAUUAAUCACAGCGCAGUUUUGACACUGUUCACUCACACGGUUCAAUGUUUGUCUCGAUCUCAAAGUGCUGCUGAAGAAUUUAUAAUGCUGAAAGAACUCAAUGCUUGGACGGCGAGUAUUAAGCCAAGUAAUCCAGACACUGAAAGCAAAAUUAUUUUAUUGUGGUACAAGAUCUUACAACUUCUUGUACGACAAGUCGAUUAUGAAGUGAACCUGCGUGAUCUCAGUCAACAAGUUGACUUCUUGAUACCCUAUAUUACUCAUGCUGGUGAAGACAGGGAUACAACGGGACUACUAGGAGUAAUUGGUCUAGGAAGGAAGUCUACACUAACUCCAAGUUUCCGUUUCCUGUGUCGUGCAUUAUCAACCUUCCUCUCGGCACAGUUGCCAUCAAAUGGUCAAAUACGAGUGAAGGCAAACGCCCCUGGAGAAGCUAAAGCCACUGCAAAAAAAGAAGGGACAUCAGGUGUUGGUGCUUCGCAACGAACAAAUUCAGGAUUUCAUAAUUUGCAAUCAUUACGGUUGAACAAGACAUAUUCUGGUCUCGUAGAACAGAUUGAAUUCGCGUGUUCAUUCAUCCUCAAUCCUAAACACUGUUUACGCGAGGGACCAGAGUUACUGAAAAAGAUGACUAAAGAUUUGUUUCGAGAUAAAAGUUAUCUUGGGCUUGCUGUUUAAGAAGGAUAAUGACGGUUAACAGAGGGAUGGUUAAGGAUAACUGAGGUAUUGAGUGGUAGGAGAUAGGUAGGGAAAUCCAAGCGUAAGUAAGGACAACGCCAAGAGUUAAAGCUUUUGUAUAAAAAGAUUAACUAACAGGUUGAUUAAAUAACAGGAUAGUCAAUGGCGUAGCCAGCGUGAUGGUUUAUUAUCCAUUUCUUUAGAAAUUUAUUGUUUUUACAGUCAAUGAACCCCAAAAUAUUAGCAUAGCGAGAGAAAUCAUCAAGCUGGCUACGCUACUGGGUUUAAGUUAGGAUAGGAUUGUCUUAUAAUAUCGCUGCAAAGGCGUAUUUCUAGAUCAUUACAUUAUUUCUAGAUACGAAUAGUGAAAGAACCUAGUAAAAUGACGACACACUGUAAGUGUGCAUCUCACAAUGUCAUUGAAAUAUUCUCAACAUCCUAUAAUUAUAGGUAAUUAAGAAAAAUCGACUUUGAGAGGCUGUAACUUGGCAUGGUUUUGAGGCCUUGCUGUGAUUUGGUUCCAGCAUUGUCGGCUUUACUUUUUAAGCCUUUUUUACUCCACUUAAUGUCACAAAGAUGUCUAUCGUUUCUUAAGAGAGCUCGAAAAAAGAUAACGCACGCAGCACGCAGCUUGAAUCGCAAUCACAAAUCAAACGCAAGGCAAUUAAGUCUUGCAUUGACAACCAGCAUCAAAAAACAAAAUUUCAUCCACGAAGUUUUGUUUGGACGUAAAGACGUCUCGUCUAAAUUUGUACACUUCAAAGCAGUUUUAUUACUUUUCGAACUUCGAAGAGAUUCACUUGUAAAGGUGAGGACGAGGUUUUCUUGCACUAGAGACAAAUCAUGAAGCCAAUCAUUUUGGUGAGGUUCCACUCUGCUCCUUCAAGUGUUUUGUCUUCUUUCGUUAAUUGCUAAUUAUAUUAAUCCCAAGAUCAAUAAGUUUUUGCCGACUAGAACCACUGAAGCAUACCUCGACGUGUAAUCGUUGUCUUAAAGAAAUGACUUUUAUUGGUCGAGGCGGGUUCCUGUUUAUUUAAAAGCCACAUCCCACAACUCGCCAAGCAAACGUCCUGCACACACACACUGCGCUUGCUGUCGAAAGGAGUUGGUCUCGUUUUUUCCUUGAACAAAAAUCAUUUUCAAAAUUAGCAUCGAAAUGGCAGAUGUCAAGGCAGAAAUUGAAGCACAGAUUAAGAAGAUGGAAGACAUGUUUUUAACAGCAACACCAGAUGAUAUCGCCAAGUGUUACACGGACGAUUGCCGUGUCCUGCCUGCUGGGGCACCCAUGAUUGUCGGAAAAGAAGCGUUCAGAGGCUUUUUGGGGGUGAUGAAGCAGUUUAUGGCGAACAUAAGCAAGGUGGACAAUAAGGUUAUUGAUGUUGUCGCCUUCGGUGAGCAGGCGACAUCUGUGAAUACGGCUGUUACUUACGAUAAAGAUGGCAAAGUCAUGGAUAACAGCAAGUCGAUAACGUUGUGGAAGAAAGUGAAUGGUGAUUGGUUUAUUCAAUGGACUGCCUGGAACAAGGACGCGCCGACUCCAGCGCAAUGAAUAAUGAAUUUGUUCUUGGAAUUUAGAAUUUUGUAGUCUUGUAGACAUAGCUGUCAGUCCGGCACAUUUUGUAGUAGUCAAUCACGGUAAAAUAAAUCGAAAUUUUCAAUAA